UCGGUUCAACAGAAAGAGAGAAAAAAUGAAUUGUGAAGUGAUCGAAGCCACUAACAAUUGUUAAUAUUUGUUUAGUAUUUUUUUGUCGGUCUGCGACGACAUUUUUUCAUGUGGAGGAUCUCCAGAGACCGAGAGUCAUGAAGUAGAGCUGUUGUCAGGAGAUUUGGGGGCGUUUUUGAGGACAUUUACGUGGGGGCGAACCUCAACUCUGUGAUUUUUCUCUUAUUUUUUCACUGGGAGAAUUAAAUAAAAGGCAUGUGAUUGUUGAUAAGAUUAGGAUUAUCUUCACAUUCUGAACGUACUGGUUAUGAGAUUUUGAGGACCGGAGGGGCGUGGGAGAUGAGGGGUUUUGGUGAUGUGACAGGAAAUACUCGGUUACUGGUGAUUGAAAAGUGCAAUAAUUAAUUUAGGGGAUUGAUAAUAAUUGUCGAGGACUACGAAACCGAGACGAUGGAGAGUGUCAAUGGGCAGCAGUUGCAUAUGAAGUACCAGAAGGUCGCGACGGAAUACUCCAAGAUACGAGCCCAGGCGAGUAUCCUGAAAAAAGCUGUGAUAGACGAGCAGGUUCGCAACAGUGACCUGAAGGAGCAGAUGAAGAGCAAAGACGUCACCCUCCGCAGGCAGGAGCAAGAGCUGGAUAGCCUGACAUUUCGUAACCAGCAGCUGACAAAACGAGUCACUGUCCUCCAAGGGGAGCUCGAUCGUCUCCAGAAUAAAUCGAAGAAGGGUCGGAGCAAGUCUGUGGAGAACAAGGAGCUGCCCCCACCUGCCCCCAACCACGUCUACGUCGAGGAGUUUCAGAAGAAGAUCGUCGAGAAUGCUCAGCUGCUGUCCCAGCUGUCGGACAAGGACAACGAGAUAGAGGAGCUCAACGAAAGGCUGAUACACUUGGAGUACAGAUUGGAUUUGUCAGAGAAGUCCAGGCUCGAUCUGGAUGCCAAGAAUCAGGAGAGAAUCGACAAACUCGAGAGGGAGAGGAAUGAACUUCAGAGGAAGAUCAACGAGCGCCAGAAGUACGAGGAGACGCCAUCGUGGCCCAAGGUCGAAGGGAUGUGCGAUUACGAUCUCAAGGUGGGGGCGUUGAACGUCAAGCCUGAGGGACACUCCCCCUUCUCCUCACCGUCUAGCUCGAGAAGGUCCUCCAAGUCGUUGGGGGAGGGAAAGGUGCAGAAAACACCGGAUUGUCAUGAGGAGAGUAAUGAGUUCGAGUUUGUUAAGCUGAACGACCUGGAGAAGGAAUUGAUCCAGUACAAGAGUGAUUACAAUAUCCUGAAGAUUAAAUAUGAUGAGAUUCGCCAGAAGGAGAUUUAUGCGGGAGAGGAGGGCGACCUCCAGCCUGUUGAGAUUAGCAACAUGAUUGGAAGUCUAAAGGCACCUUUCGCAAUACCAGAAGAGAUUGAAGCCAGAGAGGCCAAAAUUCGUGAUUAUUUUCUGCGUGAAAUCGAGAGAUUGGUUAAUGAGAAACACAUAUGUCACGCUAAGAAUCUUGCCAUAGCAGCUAAUAACGAAGUCAUGAGUGUGCAUUUGGAUAACAGCGAGGAGAAGCGGGAGAAGUGUGAGGCUGCAUUGUUGGAGGCUUUAUCCAACUGGAACAGCUCUCAGGAGGAUAAAGAGGUUCAGGAGUGCAGUUACAAGUCCCAGUUGAGCACGAUGACUGAACAUUUGGCUAAUAUGAAUGAAAAACUCAUUCAGCAGACCGAGGAGAUUCAACAGCUGCGAUAUGAACUUGAGAAUAAGAAUAAAUUGAUUGCCUUUGCAGAAUGGUAAAAGAGGAAGGCAAAAGUGAUCCCAGCUGCCCGUCACCUCUGCCAAUUCAACAUUCCACGGACUAAAUAAAAUAAAAUAAUAUACAAUUCGAUGUAAAUAUGGGAAAAAUUAAUGGUAUUGAAUGAAUAAUUUCAAUGAAAUUAAAUGGAGAAAAAAAUAAACUCAAUUUUCAUUUUAAA